UCAUUUAAUGAAUUGCGCAGCAGGGUCGGAAUGCUGACGCAAAGGCUAUGUGGGCGCCGCGGCAGAGCGCAACACCAAGUGGCAGCCUCUGCGGGCGCGGAAGAAAGGCUUUGGUCAUAUCUCCGCACACCCACAUGUCUAACCAUUCGUUUGUUGGGUGGCGCGACUUUUUCCGCUUCUCGAGGUUGGCGCAUGGCCUGUUGCCUAGCCCUCACAAUCCUACUGGCUCCACAGAUGAAUAUAAGUGAUAUGCAUCCAACACUUUUUCCAGUCGGGAAACAACUCCUCUCGCUUAUUCUCAUCCUUGGCAACGAUUUCCGGCAUCCGUCCACCUCUCCCAACGAAAUUCGUGCUGCGAAUGCUUUUCGAAAUAUCUUCGAGCUUUUUCUGCAAACAGAAAGCGUAACCGUUUGGAUUUUGUCAAGAGUUCAUUCCCGAGUCGAACAGGCAGGUUGGGAAUGAAAAAUCGGAGUUCGGCAGGCCAUCAAGCUCAAGUCUCAUGAAAGGUAGGCCGUGUAUUGGAGGCUCUGAGGCUCCGGGCAGGAAUUUGGCCACGACUCAGCUUGAUUUAGGGCACAUUCCGGCUGCGGCUGCUUAGAAUUCAAGACAAAAUGAGGAUAAUCGGAUUCUGCGAUGUGUGCAGAGCCGUUUGUGGAGGGAUCUGACCAGGUGUGCGAGUGACCUCCACUGCUUUGAGCCGCACAAGACAGCCCCGGUUCAAGGAUUUGCCUUCACGCAGUCCCUGUGAAUGGUCUAACGGGGGGAUUCAUGCGAAUCAGGUGAUCACAACUGGCUGUUUUGCUUACAAUUUAGCUGAUUGUGCGAAAAAUUACACGAGGAAUCCUUCAAAGCGCAUCCAUACACACACCCACAUACUCAGCUUCAUUCCAUUGUUGUUUGCCUUGCAAAAACAGAAACAAAAUUAGAAGUUAUGAUAAAUAAUAUCUAAAUUGUUGAAUCCCUAUGUUCUAGCUAGUGAAUUCUUCCUACAAUUCUCUAUUAAAAGUGUAACCUAAUUCAAUGAUUUUUUACUUAUAUUUGCAUAGAAUAUAUUAUAACCAAUCAUUCUGUACACAAAAGAUUUUUAUUAUUGUUGUGUUUGGUUCA